CUAAUUGCUCGCAUUACUGAGGGAGCGCAAAUGUUACGGCCAUUGGCCACAUGCGGCACCCAUCUGAGUUCUACAGAAUAAGGUUGAACAAAAACACAUGGAGCUUGCGAAAGGCAGAUUAUGGACAUUUCAAUUGUAUGCACUAUGUAGAUAUUCUAUGUAGGCCAUGAACCAAGAUCCAGGAAUCGCGUCUCUGCAUCGGCUCUGCUCCGUUUGGAGCAGGUUCGUAGCCGGCACCACGUACAGGUUGCAGAAUCCGUCUUCGCCGACCUCAUCCCAGCGAUUAUGUCCGGGGGAAACGGUUCGUAACGCUAACCUGCCACAGCGGAGUUCAUCCCAGCGAUUAUGUCCGGGGGAAGCGGUUGGUAACGCUGGCCUACCACAGCGAAGUUCAUCCCAGCAAUUAUGUCCGGGGGAAGCGGGUGGUAACGCUGGCCUGCCACAGCGAAGUUCAUCCCAGCAAUUAUGUCCGGGUGAAGCGGGUGGUAACGCUGACCUGCCACAGCGGAGUUCAUCCCAGCGAUUAUGUCCGGGGGAAGCGGUUGGUAACGCUGGCCUACCACAGCGAAGUUCAUCCCAGCAAUUAUGUCCGGGGGAAGCGGGUGGUAACGCUGACCUGCCACAGCGAAGUUCAUCCCAGCAAUUAUGUCCGGGUGAAGCGGGUGGUAACGCUGACCUGCCACAGCGGAGUUCAUCCCAGCAAUUAUGUCCGGGGGAAGCGGUUGGUAACGCUGGCCUGCCACAGCGAAGAGAGUUUUACAUCUGGUAGGGCAUGGUUAACUGCCAGAUGGACACGAGUGUGAAGAAGAAAGGAAAGAAAAGGUUCAAGACAAUCUGGGCGAGGACAGGCUUAUAUAGAUGAGUCUGGGUGGAUCGAGUCAUGUGAUUCAUGUGACCGAGCUAUGGUCUUUC